AUGGUAUCACGAUUCAGCCUUUCCGUCCGUACCGCUCUAGAUCCAUCUUCCUUGUACACUUCAACCUGCACAGUCAUCACAACCGCUUCUCACCGUACGCCUGCGGCAUUCACCGGGUCGCAACGGUCAAAUUCGGGUACCAGGCAAAAACAGAGCGCAAUGACAGGUUCCAGGCGCCGACCGGCCGCUCGAGCCGCUGCGAGUUGGUUGGGCCAUGAAGGCCAAAAUGACAAGGACGCUCAAUGCAAGGAACCCCAAGGCACACAAGCGGACGAGCCAGACGUUACCUUCUACACGCACAGCCUGUGUCCGUACGCGCAGCGAGUGGCGAUCACGCUGGAGGCCAAGGACGUGGACUACAAGAGCAUACACAUUGACCUCUCCAACAAGCCUUCAUGGUACUUUUCCGUGAAUCCGCGUGGUCUGGUGCCAGCUGUGGCUGUGAGCGGCCAAGUGGUCACAGAAAGCAUGGACAUUUGCAGGUUUCUGGACGAGCGUUUCCCCCAAGUGCCUCUGGUGCCUUCAGGGGCAGAGAGCAGCAGAGCCAUGGAGCGCCUUCUAGGGAAGGCCGACUCCAUCAUUCACGCUGGCCUAGCAAUGGUGGCAGGGUCUGAGCGCUUGUGGGCUAUCAACACCAAAAGGGGCAGCAGGGGAGGGGGGAAUGCGCGGGUGCAAGGCGAGUGGAGGAAAGCCCUCGACUCACUAGAAGAGGCUGUACGCCAAUCACAGGGACCAUUCUUGAUGGGUGCAGACCUUUCUCUGGCUGACGUGGUGCUCUUCCCCUUCCUCGCCCGCUUCCAGCUAGUCACAGAAGGAAUCCGAGGCGAACUCUUUGCUCCUGACCACCCACUCGUCACCCAAUGGAUGGCUGCCAUGUGGCAGCAGCCAUCUGCCAGGCGCACAUUCCCUGACAGGGACCGGUUCCUGCUGGCGCUGAAGCAGUAUGCCAGCCUUGACUACUUUGACUUUCACUCUGCUUCACUGGAAGACCCAGUUCCCAAGUACUGGGUGUAG